GUACUGCCCCAACUGGCAGUGGUGGUACUUCUCCUACUGGAAGUGGUGGUGCUACACCUCCCGCAACAGCUACGGCCACAGCUACUGCCACAGCUCCAGCACCAACCUCACCACCUGCCGGAACAGCACCAGCACCCACAGGUUCGGCACCAGCACCCACAGCUACGGCGCCAGCACCCGCACCAACAGGUACAUCACCAUCACCAGCCCCAACAGGUACAGCCCCAGCACCAACAGCCCCAUCACCAACUCCCCGUGCCUUGGCUCUGGAUGAAAUUGAGGAGAAUGAAAUUGAAGCCGCCUCCCUUGAUGAGGAUGAUAAUGCCCUGGCCGAUGAUGAAGAGGGAGAACGUGCUCGUCGCCUUCGUCGUAUGCGCCGCACUCGCCGUCGUAACAGUCGCAACAAGGCUCGUCGUAAUCGUAAAAUCCGUCGUAAUCGCAAAAUCCGCCGUAAUCGCAAAAUCCGCCGCAACCGCAGACUUCGUCGUCAGCGUAAAAAUCGUGCU